GUAUAUCUAAAGAGUGAAGAUUCAAUUCCAGUUGUCACCGAUUAACAAACCCCAUCAUGGAAGAAACCGUUUUCUCAUCUCUCACCGACGACACCGUGCUCGCCAUUUUCGCAAAGCUAGAGGACGAUCCUAGACACUGGGCUCGCCUCGCCUGCGUCUGCACCAGAUUCUCCUCCCUCGUCCGUCACAUCUGCUGGAAAAACAAAUGUUCCCAAACCUACCCUUCACUCCUCUCCGAUCUCCUCUCCGAUUCCCCUUCCCCGCCGGAAACAUGGACCUCCCUCCUCAAGCUCGCCGUCUGCUGCCCCGGCCUCCGCCACGCCGGCGUCCCCGCUGCCCAACCCUCGUGCGGCUCGCAUUUGGCUUGCGGGAAUCUGAAUCUGAGCAGGGAGCAAGGGUGCAAACUGUUGGCACGACAGUUCCGUGAUGAUUGGUUGUAUGUAUGCUAUUGGCCUGGGUGCGUCCACGUGGAGGAGAAGAGGAGUUACAGGCUCUUCAGAGGGGUUUUCAAGAACUUUAAGGGAAGUGGGGUUUGGAGAAGCAUCAACGAUGGGAAGCGGAGCAAGGUUGAUAUUGGGUGUGCUUUUUGCACUUGCACGCAGACUUGGGGUCUUCACUCUGCGUUUUGUCUUAGACGAGGUUUCGGGUACCAUGAUGAUGGUGAGCCUGUUGUUCGAGCUUAUGUUUGUGAAAAUGGUCAUGUCUCUGGGGCUUGGACAGAUGUUCCCAUGUUCUCUUAAUCGCUUCCCUUCUCAUGUGCUGCUUCUGUUUGCUUUAAUGACUCACUCACUCACUCAUAUACAAUUCAUAGCUUUACCAUCCCCUCUUUCUUUUUGAUUCUGUAUUUUAUGGUUUUGUUCCGAUUGAAAUGUUGAGGCUUUAAUUGAAUCGGUGCAAAGAUCUCAGAAUGUGUUGUUUAUUGCAUUUAAUUCUUCGCCCGUGUGUACGGCAUUCUACUGCUUUAUGUGUGUGUGUUUUUAUUUAGGUUAACUGUGUUUUGAUUUUGUAACUUUGUUAUGUAUUUAUUGUUCGAGAUCCUUCAAUAGCGAUUCCUGAAAACAUGUC